AUGUACUGCGGUGUUCUAUUGGAGCAGUCGAUGUUCCUUAAUAGACGGAAAGAGUGGGACACUCAGGAAACCGACGUCAAGAUAAACCAGUUCGAGAUGUCUGUAUUGGAAACUACGGAGAACGAGUUGCUAUGGAAAGACUCUCAGAGCCCUCUAAGAGAAGACGACACACCAUUUAUUUACCUAUGCGCCACCAUGUGGCACGAGACCAAGAACGAGAUGACCCAGUUCCUGAAGUCUAUCUAUCGCCUGGAUACUGACCAAGGCGCGCGGAAGACUGUUUAUUGGCUUUUCGGUAUCCGGGAUCCAGAUUAUUACGAAUUUGAGGAAUGGGGAUACACAGAGGAAAAUGGGCCCUAUACCUGGUACAAGCAUUUUCUGAUCGCCCGAACUGGCAUCAGACAAUCGCCGAUCAAUAUCGUUUCGUUUGAGGCGGAGUACGACGAUGCUCUCAUGGACAUGAACCUUGAGGUCUCCUACCAAGCGGAAGACGAGGUCACGCUGAAGAACAACGGUCACAACUUACAGUGUCAAAUCACCCAGCUUGGAUAUUUGACCGGCGGUCCCCUUGGCAACCAGCAGUUCAGGCUGGAGCAGUUCCACCUGCACUGGGGAUCAGACGACACCCGGGGAUCGGAGCAUACGAUUGACUGGGAGCAGUUCGCAGCCGAGCUUCACCUCGUCCACUGGAACACUAACUAUGACAGCUUCGCGGAGGCUGUUGACAAGAGUGACGGAGUUGCCGUUCUCGGGGUUAUAAUCAAGUCCGGCGUAGAGAAUCCCUUCUUCUCCGUCGUGUCGGACAACUUAGGCGGGUUGAUCCAAGCUCAUAGCGAGAACACUAUCCCCAGCUCCCUGGACCCUACCGACCUGCUGCCAGGUGACAUCAGCGCCUACUGGACGCACGAGGGCUCUCUCACAACCCCGCCCUUUUUUGAAAGUGUCCAAUGGAUUGUCUUCCAUGAACCCGUAGAAUUCUCUCCCAGCCAAUUGGACGCUCUUCGGAGUCUCAUUGAUUCAGACGGCAAUCCAAUGCAGGACAACUUCCGGCCUCCACAACCAAUAAACGGGAGACAAGUCAGGGCUUCCUUUUAAUCAGUCCCAGUUUUGAAUAACUUCCCUUACAAUAUAGAAGGCGUUUACAGCAGUAGACAUUCAAAGCGGUGUACUUAUUGCACGCAUACAAAAGUUUAGGUCACACAUAAAAAAGUUUUUUCAUGUUUAAUACCACAUAAGUUGUAUAAAGACACGAGGAGCCCAUGAGGAUAAAAUGCAACUAUUUGUGCAUCAUUUUGUGUGGGCAUUACUCACACGAAUUGUGAUUGCAAUUCUAAGAUAC